AUGCCUGCCCGUGAGAGCAGCAGGAGCAUCAACAGCAAAAGCCGGACCCAUACCACAGCAGCAGCAGCAACCGCCACCACCACGGCCGUCGGCCAUGGAACAACCACAGUCACCAAGCCGCGAGGCAAGCCGCGAGGCAUGCGCCGCGACCGGGACUGCCGUACUUGCAAAUCAAGAAACGUCAAGUGCGACUUGAACCGCCCUCGGUGCCUCCCCUGCGUCGAGGCCGGCCUCGCCUGCGGAGGGUACCCGCAGAGAGUCGUCUGGACCGGGGCAUCGUCGACUACAACGCAGACAAAGGCAACAACAAGCGAACCCCGACACCAUCACGUCCUCCCCCCGCAUGCCACAACAGCACCAGCGCAGGGGCGUCGCCGCCGGUCGUCGCGGGGAAGCAUAUCCACUUCGUCGCCGCAGUCGCAGUCCCGCCCGUCCACCGAUGAGCUCCCCCCGGUUCCGGAAGUGGUGUCCUUGGCGAAGCUGCAGGGACACGACUCACACGAGGUGCCCUCCACAUCGCCCCGAGGAGGCGUCGACGACCACAACAGCUUCAUCAACCGCCUGGCCACGUUUUGUCAACAGAUCAUCUCGGCUCGCGGCCGUGGGGGCGGAGGCGGCGGGGACGGCGGGGACGGCAGCAGCAGCAGCAGCAACGGCUAUCUCUCCGACGAAGCCAUCUCCUUGGUGGCGCAUCUGUCCGACUUUGUCCAGGCCCGCAUCCAGGGCUACUCGUCCCCAGCAGCAGCAGCAGCAACAUCAGCAGCAGCAAUACCGCUCCACGAUACUAGUGGGCGGCAGCAAGGGGGGCCCAUGACCGAGUCCAUGGACGCGGCGCGCCAUCGCCUCGCCGCGCUCGUCGGCCUCAACGAGGCGCUGCGCGUCGCGAACCCGCUGGCCCUGCUCGCCAUCGCCGCCUUCGCCUUCUUCGAGGUAUAUGACAGCGAGUUUGGCGAGUGGCAGCGGCACGUAUACGGCGCAAGGUCGCUGCUCGACUACCACUGCCGCAGCCGCGCCGAGCUCGAUGCCCUCUCCGGCACGGUCACCGGCCUCGCCGAGAUCGUGGCGCGGCUCGUGUGGUUCGACGUGCUGGGCGCCGUCGCGCGGCAGAGCACCACGGGGCUCAUCUUUGACGACUGGCAUCGCGAGGUCCUCGACGAGGGCGGCUUCUUCGACGUCGUCGGCUGCCCGGCCGAUACGUUUGACCUGUACGUGCGCGUCGCCAAGUCGUCGGAUGUUGCGUCGGACCACCUGCACAGCUGCGUCUUGGCCAUGGACCAGCUCUCCAGGUUGGAUCCCUCCGAUGCCACGGACUGGGGGCGCUCCGCCAACGCGCACAGAUGUGCGGCGACCAUUGCCGUGCUCGCGAAGCUUCCCCCCGCGGCAGUAGGUCAUGCGGUAGCUUCGGCAGCGACGCAGAGGGCCAUGCGCUCCGCGGUCGACAGGGCGUGCCAGGUCAUCGCCUCGACGCCGCCGUCGUCGCCCUUCUACAUAUUCAUGGCCGUGACUGCUUACAUGGCUGGCCUGCACGCCACGACGAGCCAACAGCGGGACGCCGUGCGUGGAUAUUGGCAGAGCUGCACGACGGCGGGCGUUCCGCGAUACCCCUGCGCGUUGGCCAAGUGCGAGGCGACUUGGGCAAGUCGCGGAGUGAUGCGGGGAGAUAUGAGUUGGAGUCCGAUAUAGUGUCCCCUGAUUUCUGUAGAAACUGUACUAUUUUUGCCCAACCGAUAGGACACGAAUAAUGACAAGGGUGUUUUGCGC